CACUUCUUUCCUACGCACGUCGUGACAGGCCAACUGUGCAAAAACAGACUCAUUUAUGCUGUUGGAAGGUUAUUGAAAAAGCACAGACUUAAGUGAGAGAGGAACGGUGUAAUACAAAAGGACGGUCUAAGCUGCUGCACUUCACCAAGUCCGGACUUGCUGUCUCGAUCCAGGCAGAUUUAUUACGCAGGUGUGAGGGGAGUGUGUUAAACUGUAGUGGUUAUGAUUGGGAGCCACCAGGACAGAUGGCAACGCAAGAGGAACCGCUGUAUGACUUCCCCGAGCCCUCCCUGACCUCCAAGUUCAAAGUGCAUCAGCGGAGCCGCGGGUCCCUGAGAAGCAUCAGUGUUUUGGAUCGGCUCCUCCUCACUGUCCCUGUGUGGCUUCAACUGUCAAUCAACCCAGCCACGGCUCUGCACAUCCUGCAGCGAGAACCUCCAGGGACAUUUCUGGUUCGAAAUUCUCGCACAUCCCAGAAAAAAGUGUUGUGUAUGCGUUUGGCUGACAACAGUGUACCAUCUUUUGUUCAGCAGUUUGAUAUUCAGGAGGAACAGUCAACCUUCUCCCUGGUGACCUCAACCAUCAGUUUCCCAGAUCUUCCAAGACUCAUUUCCUUUUACUGUGUCAGCAGAGAUGUGCUGCCUUUCCCACUGGAGCUCCCAGAAGCAAUAGCAAGAGCAACAUCCCACAAAGAACUGGAGUCCAUCUCACACAUGGGAAUAGAAUUCUGGAAUUCUCACUUGAAUGUCCGCGGUCCACGAGAAGCUCCUAAACACCAGAAAGAAGAGCCAGAGAAGAAACCAGACACUGCCACCACAGUUCCACCUCCAGCUCCUGAGGUCCAGGCGAAACAAGACCACCAAACUGACCCUGACAACAAGCCUAUGACCCCACCUGAAGCUCAGCCAGUAACGGGAGACUCUAGUGCAGCUCUGUUUAAGGAGUUUUGCCCCAUCAAAACUCGUAGCCCAAAAGAAUUAAACUAUGGGUCAGGCAUUGGAGCCCUCUGCUUUAUUAACCCACUUUUCUUGCAGUCCCUAAAUGCGUGGUCAAGGCGACGAAUGUUCAAACGCAGCCUCAAAGUUCGAGUUUCGACAGAGAGCUCAACUUUGCUGUCACCGCCACUCGCUCCACCCCCGCCACCACCGCUGAUGCCAAAAUCUAAGGCUCGCUGUAAAGCUAAAGAUAAGGGUACAAAAGCAGCUGAGCAUAUUAGCGAUACUAGCGAUGAUGCUGUAGAAGAAAAUACUCAGAAAUCUCAAAUUAACACCUUAGAUGAGGAGGACUAUACCGAGCUUCCAUCUAGGACAAGGAAAGAAUUUAUUGAAAUCAAUGAGGAAGUUUUACCUCUACCAACUGUUAUGGAGAGCCUAGUCGAAGAUGCAGACUACAAACAACCAAAUCCUGUGAUAAAUACUUCCCAUCCACUUUCACCAUACCUGUCUCCAAAAUUACCUAAAAAAUCUAUGUCUCUCUCUCCUCGCAAUUCUCCCAGCACGAGUCCUUCUGCAUCACCUUAUCAGUCCCCAUCUCCAUCUCCCAAAAUGCUUUCGCCUCUGCUGCCAUUCUCCUCUCCAACUUGUAAAAGUCCAGUGGCUAAAGAUGCUUAUGAUAUACCAGUUCCAUAUUCAAAACCAGAUCAACUGCAGGUGCCUGAAGCUAAAUGUAUAGUGGAUAAACUACCAGAGGGUGUGGAUAAAGAUGUAUUGGAAAAUGAGUUCAUUGAGCAGAUUAACACUGUGGCUUUAAAGGACAAAGACAGUAGUUCUUUGAGCGGUCAAGAAGAGGCACAAGAGUUGCACUCAACAGUCCAACAGAACAGUACUUCAAGUUAGAAUUCAACUCACUUAGAUAUGGCAUUCACUGUGCUUCUUAAACGUGAAAUGGAAAUGAGCACAGAAACGAACUGAGCACCAAAUGUGUUUUGUAUCACAAAACACUGGUUUUAGACUGGAACAUAUUCAAAUGAUGUAGUAUGAUAUAGUAUUAACUCAUGUCUUCUUAGUAUUUCAAUAUUUAUUAGUGCUACUUUAUUUAACUGGUUAAAAAAAAAGGCCAACUCUGCAAUUGUUUCAAUUCAGACCUUGAAAAGAAAUUUAAGUGAGUGAAUAAAAUAUAUUUUAACUUCACCACAUGUUGAACUGAGUAAACAGUAAGAUUCUUUGUAUGGCUAAAAUUGUAUCAUAGAAUAUUAAACUUCAACCAACAGUAUUUGAUUUGAAA